GUAGCAAAACCAUCUGAAUUUGGAAUGCAAUAUACUGAAGAAAUAUUAUCUACCAAGGAUGGUGUAAAUAUUAGAGUCUAUAUUUGUAAAUUACCUCAAGAUGCAGCAAGUAGGCCCACGAUUUUAUUUUUUCAUGCAAAUGCUGGAAACAUGGGACAUAGAUUGCCAAUUGCUCAAAUAUUUUACUCUCAAUUCAAAUGUAAUGUGUGUUUGAUUUCUUAUAGAGGAUAUGGUCUGAGUGAAGGUAGGCCCUCUGAAAAAGGUAUUCGAAUUGAUGCACAAACUCUUCUGGAGUAUGUAUUGCAAGAUGAUGAUUUAAAGAAUACCAAACUUAUAACGUAUGGACAAUCACUUGGUGGUGCUAUAUCGAUUGAUUUGGUUUCGAGAAAUGAAGAUAAAUUCAGCGCUAUGAUUUUAGAAAACACAUUUUUAAGUAUUCCAAAAGUGAUACCUUAUAUCAUGCCUCAAUUGAAAUAUUUAUCAUUCUUAUGCCAUCAAAUUUGGCCUUCGGAAACUUCAAUACAACAAAUAGUACAUACACCAAUAUUAUUCUUAUCAGGGGCGCGUGACGAAAUAGUACCGCCAGCUCACAUGGCAGAUUUAUUCGAAUUGUCACAAACAAGAACCAAAGAAUUUAAAAGAUUUGAUAAUGGUCUCCAUAAUGAUACUACUUAUCAGCCAGGAUAUUUUGAAACUAUCGGAGAAUUUUUAAAAAAAGAAAAUUUGUUGGAUGAUGAAGGCAAGGAAUGG